AUGAGCGUGCUUCGUGAGAAGCGAGAUACUUGCGAUGUGUGCUAUAUGGCGGACAACGCUCGCGGACCAUGCAAGCCAAUACGAGAUCUCGGAUUGCCGUACACACCCGAAUACCUGUCUCUCCCCAUAACAACUGCUCACAAGGCUUGUGUCCAAAGAUUUGUCAUCCAGCAACUCAGACGUAUUCGAGAAAGCGGCUACCAAGGAGUGACGCCCACCGUCCAGAAGGAUAAACCCAAGAUGCAGGCUCAUCUUGAUGAUAUGCCCGACAGCACAACCACGUCUGAUGAUGGAGAGCUCGAAGUCGAGACGUCCAAGAACAGUUCCACAACGACAGCUUCAGACCACGCAACGUCUGAAAGUUCUGCUUCAGAGACCAAAACAGAUUACGACGAUACCUCAACAGAAGCAGCUCCUAGUGAGAGUCAAGCUCAAUCAGGGGUCAUCGUGACUAACACAAUGGAGCAGAAAGAAGCCUCGUCGGCGGCAGGGCAAUCUAACGAGACCACCCUAGCUUUGAGUGAAGAUGUUAUAUCAUACUCUUCGUCUCUGAAGCCGGAAGCAGCAAUAUUUGUGUUCAACCCUAGAACAGCUGCGCCAGCUCUCAACGCUGCGGCUUUGCCGUUCUUCGCGCCAUUGACCACAUAG